AUGCGACGUAAUUUGCUGCUGCAUUUAAUGGGAUCGGACACGUACGACAUUGUCUGCGACAAAGCCGCGCCGCGCGCCGUUCGUGAAAUGGAUUACCGUGCGAUUAUCGAUACUCUAGAGGAUCAUUUCAAUCCGGAGCCUCUAGAGAUAAGUGAAAAUUUUCGAUUCAAUUGCCGUCGUCAGGGGGACAAAGAUGCUGCUUCUCCCGACGAGACAGUGGAUGAAUAUUUGGUUGCGUUGCGUAGAAUUUCUCUGACGUGCAAUUUCGGAAACUACCUUGAGACUGCAUUGCGCAAUCAGCUUGUUUUCGGGAUGAAACGGAAUGACAUCCGAGGCCGGCUUUUGGAAAAGCGUCGGCUGACUCUGCAGGAGGCCCGCGAUAUUGCGGUCAGCAUGGAGCUCUCGCUGAAAGGAGGAGCUGAAAUUGCUGGUGCUUACGGGAAACAAGAUGUGCAUACAGUGCAAAAAUCAGUGAAUGUGAAGAAAACAAAUGAAAAGUCAGCUGCAUCAUCUUCCCAUGAAUUCUAUUGUUUUCGGUGUGGUGAAAAAUCGCAUUUUGCGAAACAGUGCAAGCAUGAAAACACCGAGUGCAGAUUUUGUGGCAAAAAAGGCCAUUUGGAAAAAGUGUGCAUGAAGAAGAGUGCGAAGAAUAAUAAGCAGGCUCCGGUCCGAAAGGGGAGUACAGUGAAGGCCCAUUACAUUGAACACAGUGAUCAAAGUGAUAACUUUUCUGUGGGAGAAAUUUGCGCAGUCGAUGGUCGACUAAGUGAUUCGAAAUUUUGGGCUGUUAUUGCUGUGAAUGGGGUUCAAGUGCGUUUCGAAAUCGACACGGGUUGCCCAGUGAGCAUUAUUAAUUUGAAAUGCUACGAGGAUAAUUUUAAAAAGUACAAACUAAGUGAUAGUGCUUUAAACCUGAUGAGUUACUGCAACACUGACAUUCGUGUCCACGGUUGCUUUGAGGCAGUGGUAGAAUUUGAGGACAAGAAAAGUGUCCUACCGCUAUUUGUUGUCGAUUCUUCGAAACACCCCCUUUUGGGCCGCGAGUGGUUGAGGAAGCUGCAUAUCGAUUGGAACAAUCUGUUGUGUCCUGCUACGGUGAAUACGGUUACCCCUGCCACUACCACAAGUGCGUUAGAUCAGCUGUUCAAAAAGUACAGCAGUGUUUUUGAAGACUCAAUCGGAAGAAUUUCCUCGGUUCAGGCAAAUUUGCACCUGAAACCGAAUGCGAAGCCAGUGUUCCUUAAGGCUCGAAAAUUACCGUUCAAUUUGAAGAGUGUUGUGGACAAGGAACUGGACAAGUUAGUGGCAGAGGGAGUGCUUACAAAAGUGGACCAUAGUGAUUGGGCAACGCCCAUAGUGCCAGUGAAAAAAUCUGAAAAUAGAGUGCGAAUUUGUGGAGAUUAUAAGCAGACGGUGAACCCGUUGCUGCUGGUGGAUCAACAUCCACUUCCAACAGUGGACGAGAUGUUUUCAACUUUGGCCGGAGGAAAAAAGUUUACAAAAAUUGAUUUAGUGCAAGCCUAUCUACAGUUGGAAGUUGCACCGGCGGAUCGCUGCAUUCUUACCUUGAAUACACAUCGCGGUUUGUAUCGCCCUACCCGCUUGAUGUAUGGAGUAGCCUCAGCGCCGGCGAUUUGGCAACGGCAAAUCGAGGUUAUCCUUCAAGGAAUCGAAGGCGUUUCGGUGUUCUUGGACGACAUCAAAAUCACCGGGCCCAACGAUAUAGUGCAUCUGCAGCGAUUGGAGGAGGUUCUGCGCCGCUUGAAUGACCACAAUGUACGGGUAAACAAGGGUAAGUGCGAAUUUUUUGCCAAUGAAAUUGAAUAUUGCGGAUACUUGAUCGAUCGCGAUGGCAUCCAUAAGCUGAUGAAUAAAAUGGAAGCUAUCCGGGACAUGCCCCGACCGAGAAAUAAAGAUGAAGUGCGAUCGUUUAUUGGCCUUGUAAAUUAUUACGGUCGCUUUAUUGAAAAUUUGAGCACUGUAAUUUACCCCCUGAAUAACCUCCUCAAAGAUAGCGUUGCGUUUGAGUGGAAUAGAGAAUGCGAGAAUGCCUUUCGUCGAGUUAAGCAGUGUAUGCAAUCGAACAACUGCUUGGUGCAUUACUCGCCGGAAUUGCCCUUGGUUCUAGCUACAGACGCAUCCCCUUACGGCGUGGGUGCCGUCUUGAGCCAUGUAUACCCGGAUGGCAGUGAGCGACCAAUCCAAUUUGCGUCACAAACGCUAAACAGUACCCAACAAAAGUAUAUGCAAGUUGACAAAGAAGCAUAUGCAAUAAUCUUUGGCGUGAAAAAGUUUUUUCAAUACUUGUACGGCCGCAAGUUUCUACUACUGACAGACAACCAGGCAAUUUCAAAAAUAUUCGGCGAACAUAAGGGGCUGCCUGUGAUGUCAGCGUUGCGCAUGCAGCACUACGCUACGUUCCUCCAAUCUUUCGACUACCAAGUUCGCUUCAGAAGGUCAGCGAACCAUGCUAACGCAGAUGCACUUUCGAGAAUUCCACUGAAACAUUGCGAUCCGGAAAACGUCAUCGCGGAGUCGGAUAUUGUGGAAGUUCACCAAAUAGAAACACUUCCGCUAACUGCUACGGAGUUGUCCCAAGCAACGUCGGAUGACAAUGCUGUUAAAAUUUUGCUACAAGGGUUGAAAUACGGACAACAAGUGGAUGGAAAGGAUCGUUUUGGUAUCGAUCAGACCGAAUUCUCGGUCCAGCGGGGUUGCCUGUUGCGGGGAAUAUGUGUCUACGUUCCCCUAGUGUUGCGGAAGCGCGUUCUUGAAGAGUUGCUUUCCACCCACUUUGGUGUUUCAAGAACCAAGUCUCUUGCGAGAGGCUAUUGCUGGUGGGCAGGAAUGGAUAAGGAGAUUGAGGAUAUGGUAGCCAACUGCACUGAUUGCCAAUCAGUACGCCCCGAACCGACGAAACUGAAGCCGCACUUCUGGGAGCCUGCUACUGAGCCCUUCCAGAGAGUACACGCCGACUUUGCUGGGCCGUUUAUGGAUUCGUACUUCUUCAUCUUAGUCGAUUCCUAUACGAAGUGGCCCGAAAUACGUGUGUGUCGUUCUAUUACCGCUGAAGCUACCGAAACAAUGUGCCGUGAAAUAUUUGCUACCUACGGCAUUCCAGCAAUUUUUGUCAGUGACCAUGGAGUCCAAUUUACCGCUGAAUCGUUCCAACGUUUUUUGAAGCUCAAUGGAGUGGUACACAAAAUGGGUGCGCCGUACCAUCCAGCCACAAACGGCCAGGCCGAAAGAUAUGUGCAGACGUUCAAACAAAAGCUCAAAGCGUUGAAGUGCCCCAAGUCCAAGCUGAAUUUAGAACUGGCCAACAUCCUCCUGACGUACCGUAAAAUGAUCCAUCCUUCGACUGGUCAGUCUCCUUCAAUGCUCAUGUUCGGCAGACAAAUCCGAUCUAGGCUUGAUCUGAUGCUACCACAGAACUCCAAGGAAGAGUCUCCCGACCUGGUCUUGCGCACAUUUGCUGAUGGUGAUCGUGUGCGUGUUCGGGAUUUUUUGUCGAGCAACAAGUGGCAGUUUGGCAGAAUAGUAUCCAAAGUUGGGAAAUUGCGAUAUGCGGUACGCCUUGACGAUGGCCGACUUUGGGAACGACACGUCGACCAUAUUGCCGGUGUUGGAUCCGAGCUGAUGCCCCGAGGAACGCCGAACAGCAAUCAAUCGUUCGUUCCUCUACCAACGAAUAGUAGCGCUAGUACUGUGGUUUACCCAGACAGAGGUGCUACUAGUGCGGACGCCAGGAAUACAACAAUGGAGGCCGGACCAGAGCUUCCAUCACCAACGGUUUCGUUGAAUCAUCAAUCGCCAGCGUCACCAAGGAGUGUUGGCGUGCAAUCGAAGAUGUCAACGCCGAAACCAGUCCAGCCACAAAUACCAAAGGUUCCAACAGUGGUAUCCGAACCGUUGAGGCGUUCUACGAGAGAGAAGAGAGCACCACAGAAGCUCAAUCUGUAA